ACUACUAUACAUAGGCGAAAAUUGGGAUUGGCGCUUCAGUUUGCAGUGGACAGUGAUUUGAUCAACAUGGCCGAAACGGACUAUUGGGGUCUUGCGAGAACUAAUGGACUAAACUGUACACCACCUGCGAUAGAGGAUUUCCCACCCGACCUGUUCACAGUGGAACAACGGCAGAAUGGGGCGAUAGUUUUACACGCGAUUGCUAGUUUAUAUUUAUUUGUAGCGUUGGCUGUAGUAUGUGAUAAGUAUUUUGUACCUGCCGUCGAAAAAAUAUGCCACGCGUUAAACAUGUCGAACGACGUGGCUGGGGCGACUUUUAUGGCAGCGGCGACGUCGGCGCCGGAGUUGUUUGUCAACGUAAUCGGGACGUUUAUCACCGAGGGAGACAUCGGCGUUGGCACCAUCGUGGGGUCUGCCGUUUUCAAUAUCCUAGCGGUGGCUGCCUGCUGCGGGAUCGGUGCCGGGAUGGUAGUUCCACUCGAUUGGUGGCCACUGACGAGGGAUUGCCUGGCGUACGGCAUUACGGUGGCAAUACUGAUAUGUAUCAUACACGACGAACGGGUCGAAUGGUACGAAGCGCUGAUCCUGGUGUUGCUGUACAUUGUAUAUAUUGCUGUUAUGUACUACGACAAGGCGUUUCAGAAAUGUGCUCGAGAUGGAGUAAAGCACGCUCGCAGUCGAAGGUCACAAGAUGCAUUUAGUAGUAUAAAAUCAAUCUCCAGCAGAGAGCAAGAGGCAGUUGAAGCGCAUCUUCCGCUACGUAUCAGUCAUUUCCAGCAGAACGGUAAUUUGAAGAACGUUACCCAUAUCGACUCGAGCAACAAUGAAUUGACGUCAUCGGAUCUGGAGAUGCAAAUUAAAGCGAUCAGUGUCAGCGGGGGAGGUGGCGUCAUGAUGGCGGUUCCUGGAGUGGCCCUUGCGGCGGCAACUGUGCUUAGCGAUCAGCAGCAAAAUUUGCAGCAUCAACAGCAAAAUAAACAUCGUCACAGCGGGAGUAGUUCGAAUGAAGCUGCAAGCGUGGAAGAUACCGAUCAGCCACCGCCACCACCUAGCCCUACCACCCCGCCGUUAUCGUCAAAUAGUGCCGAAUCUGUUAAGCAAUCGCUAAAUGGAAAUGGGUCCGGAAAGGACUCAAUGGCCGCGGAAAACGGCACCGUGGGAUCGGAUCCAAGCGAGGAUGAUGAAAAGGAGGAGGAGUUUCAACUGUUCAAAUAUCCCGCGAAACAAAGCAAAUUUCGACAGUUUUCGUGGAUCAUCACGUGGCCAAUCUAUCUGUUGUUUGUGUUCACGAUCCCGAACUGUGAGAAGCCGCGGUUUAAGAACUGGUUUCCAUUGACAUUCAUUAUGUGCAUCGUUUGGAUCGGUUCUCUGUCAUAUGUAGUUGCUUGGAUGAUAACUAUCAUUGGUGACACGCUCAAAAUUCCUGAUUCCGUGAUGGGAAUCACUUUUCUGGCUGCCGGUACCAGUGUACCAGAAGCUGUUUCAAGCGUAAUAGUUGCAAAGCAGGGCCAUGGAUCUAUGGGGAUUAGCAACUCAAUUGGAUCGAAUACAUUUGAUAUUCUGCUUUGCCUAGGUUUGCCCUGGUUUAUCAAGGCAGCUUUCUCACCGAUUCAGCCAGGUCAUCACUGGGUCGGUAUAAACUCGGCUGGUUUGGAGUACUCGGCAAUUUCCCUACUAUCGACGCUGCUGAUGCUUUAUGUGGCUUUCUCCUGGAACAAAUUCAAACUGGACCGACGAGUUGGCAAUGCCUGUCUGAUUAUGUACGCCGUCUUUUUGAUACUGGCCAGUUUGAUCGAGCUAAACGUAUUUUUCCCGGUGAAUCUGCCCACUUGUGUGCGGUGA